CUUUUCCUUCAUUUCUUUCUCACUUUCAUUCUCUCAAGCAAAUUUGGGAGGCAAAAGAAGCUGCAGAGGAAAGAAGGCGGUGAAUAUAUACAGAGAGGGAGAGCUUAAUUAGCCUUUUUUUUUCUCUCAAAAAUAUGUGGUCAUUGCUGCAAGCAUGUCCAACAAUAUUCCAAUUGACUUGCUUGACGCCAUUGCAAUCUAAUUGUUUACAUUUUUUCAAAUUUCAACCUAGGGUCGCUUCUUAUUUAAAACCUCCAAGCUUGUUCACGUACUUCGUACCUUCAUCAGCUAAUGAACAGCUAAAGAUGGAGAAAUCAUGGCAGAAUCAUUUCUUCCCUGUCCUUUUAACAAUCUUCUUCUUCUCUCCAUUCCCUUUUCAAACCUCGCUCGCCUUGCAAAGCGAUUAUAUCCGACAGCCGCCUGGAAAGGUUAUCGUCACUCCACAUCACCGGUCCAAAUCCGACCCUCAACAGGUACAUAUUUCUCUUGUAGGCAAAGAUCAGAUGAGAAUUACAUGGAUCACAGAAGACAAAGACGUGCCGUCGAAGGUAGAAUAUGGGAAGGUUUCUGGUAGAUAUAAUGCAAUGGCCGUAGGAGAGCAAACCUCAUAUCAUUACUUCUUUUACAGUUCCGGUAAGAUACAUCAUGUUAAGAUUGGGCCCUUGGAGCCAGGAACAACUUAUUACUAUAGAUGCGGUGGGCUUGGCCCUGAAUUUUCCUUCAAGACACCUCCACGUACUUUUCCUAUUGAAUUUGUUGUGGUUGGCGAUCUUGGACAGACAGAAUGGACUGCAUCAACUUUAGCACACGUCCAUAGCAAGGACUAUCAUGUAUUCUUGUUACCCGGUGAUCUAUCUUAUGCAGAUACCCAACAACCGCUAUGGGACUCGUUUGGCCGCCUGGUCGAGCCAUACGCUAGCCGCCGCCCCUGGAUGGUUACGGAAGGGAACCAUGAGAUCGAGAUUUUUCCAAUAAUCUACCCUCGCGGUUUCAAAGCCUAUAACGCUCGUUGGCUAAUGCCAUACCAAGAGUGUGGAUCCACCUCAAAUUUGUAUUAUUCAUUUGAUGUUGCAGGUUCCCAUAUCAUAAUGCUAGGGUCUUACACGGAUUUUGAUGAGACCUCAGCUCAAUACAAGUGGCUUGAAGCUGAUUUGGGUAAGGUUGAUAGGACGAAGACGCCGUGGGUUGUUGUGCUUCUACAUGCGCCAUGGUAUAAUACCAAUUCUGCUCAUAAAGGAGAAGGAGAAAGCAUGAGGAAAGCUAUGGAAGAUUUGCUGUAUAAGGCACGAGUGGACGUGGUGUUUGCUGGGCAUGUUCAUGCAUAUGAACGAUUUACAAGGAUUUACGACAACAAAGCUGAUCCCUGCGGCCCGGUCUACAUAACCAUUGGUGAUGGAGGGAAUCGAGAAGGACUAGCAUUAACGUUUGAGAAUCCUACAUCAGAACUUUCGCUUUACAGGGAGCCAAGCUUUGGACAUGGUCGGUUGAGAAUACUAGACGAAACACGAGCACAUUGGUCAUGGCACCGAAACAAUGAUUCCGAUUCAUAUGUUGCCGACGAGGUUUGGCUAGAAAGUUUAGCCACAACCAAAUCAUGUUGUGCGAAUACAGGGGAAAGAGAUGGGUCGAAGGUUAACAAAGAUGAGCUAUGAAGUACCAAAAUGGACAUAAAAAUCACAUGUCCAUUUCUCAGAAGAGAAGGUCACUUGAGAAAAAGGAAAGGAUAGAAAUACGAGUGGGGCUGUGUUGGUGAAAAGGGUAAUGUCGAUACUAAAACAAGUGGCUAAUUUUGAUGAAUCGUGCAGCUUGAUUGCUGAUUUCACGUGCCAAAUCCUUAUCUUGUUAGAGGGGGGAGGCAGGUGGAAAAAAGAUAUUUGAAAUCGUUGCAGUGCAGCCCAUGGUUUUAAAACACUUUGCUUUUUCAAAACCCUGUUUCCUCAUCCUUAUCGUUUGUUUACCCGUUUAGGUUCAUGUUGAGGAACGUCAUAUCCCCCAACCUCCCAACGGUUUGCACUUGAAACAAAUGAAGAGUCAUUUCAUUGUUUGUAGUUGAAUUCUUCUUUAUCGAAUGGAAACACCAAACCUUUCUUCUUCU